UAUGUAAAGAAAGGAAUUAGCUUCGGUAUUUGCCCUUGUUAAAAUGAAAUUAUAGAAACGGGAAGGUGUAAUAGUUUUGUGCUGUCGUUUUCUCUUACCAUACGUUGCUGUUCUUUCGUCUUGGUUAAUUUCAUCAUCGUACAACAAUCACGCCACUCUUUCUGCUCCCACUCCUGUCUUGGCUGUUCUUGGAUCUCUUAACCAGUCAACGAGCAUGAAGAGGAUAGUGGCACUGUUUUUGCUUGUAGCAGCAAGCAAUGCUGCUAUUGGUUUGUACAAAGGUGAAGGUGGAGAGUGUAAUUAUGAGAGACAUUUGAUACCUCGGCCUCAUAGUGUUUCCAUUCUAGAGUUUGGUGCCGUGGGUGAUGGCAAAACUGUAAAUACAGUCGCCUUUCAGAAUGCAAUCUUUUAUCUCAAGUCUUUUGCUGACAAGGGUGGCGCUCAACUCUAUGUACCAUCUGGCCAGUGGCUCACCGGAAGUUUUAGCCUUACCAGUCAUCUUACACUCUUUCUCGAGAAAGAAGCCAUCAUUCUUGGAUCCCAGGAUGUUGAUCAUUGGAAGGUGAUUGAAGCUUUACCUUCUUAUGGUAGAGGGAUUGAUCUCCCAGGUCAAAGAUACAGCAGUUUGAUCAACGGAGAUAAUCUAAGUGAUGUUGUCAUAACAGGUGACAAUGGAGUGAUCGAUGGGCAAGGGUCUGUGUGGUGGGAAAGUUUUGAUUCUCAUACACUCAACUAUAGUCGUCCAAACAUUGUGGAAUUCAUCAACUGCAAGGAUGUUGUUGUUUCAAACAUAACUUUUCUAAAUCCCCCAUCAUGGACCAUUCAUCCUGUAUAUUGCAGUAACGUCCUGGUUCAAAAUAUAACGGCAAUCUCUCCACCCGAAUCUCCUUACACCAGUGGCUUGGUUCCAGAUUCUUGUGAUGGCGUUUGCAUUGAGAAUAGCAACAUCAGCAUGGGGCAUGAUGCGAUAUGUUUAAAGAGUGGAUGGGAUGAAUAUGGAAUUGCAUUUGGCAGAGCAACAACAAAUGUACAUGUCAAGGGUGUGCGUCUCGAGUCUUUUUCAGGGUCAGGGCUUGGUUUUGGAAGUGAGAUGUCUGGAGGCAUAUCCGAUGUCAUUGUGGAAAACGUGAAAUUGCAUGACUCCCCGACUGGGAUUGGGUUUUUCACAUCAAAAGGUAGAGGCGGAUACAUCAAAGAUGUUGUCAUAUCCCAUGUCAGCUUUCAUAAUGUUGUGCUUGCGAUCGAGGUUACGGGUGAGGACAACGUUCAUGCUGAUGAUGAAUAUGAUCCUGAUGCCUUCCCUGUCAUCCAACACAUCACUUUCAACAACUUCACUGGCCUGAAUAUUACUUCACCGGGACGCCUUUUUGGUAUUCGUGAAUCUCCUUUCACUUCCAUCUGUCUCUCUAAUGUUUCUCUUCUCCUCACCACCUCAUCUUCUUCUUCUUGGUUGUGUUCCAAUGUGUUGGGUUUCUCUGAAAACGUAUCCCCUAUGCCCUGCUUUCAACUCCAAGCCUUUCCUUGGAACUCUUCAGCUUGUUUUCCUGCUUCAACCUCUCGUAUUGCAUCCCUAUAAACCCCUAAUUUCAAAUCAUCAGUUUAAAUCCAUAUUUUCCAACCAAUUCUUCAUGUCAUCAAGUCUGUGUACAUCCUUGUUUCCCUUUAUUUCAUGUCCCAAAAAUUUUGGUAGCAGGUUGAUUUCAAUUCUCAUUUUUGUGAUUUGUUUCUUGUGCAUUCUUACUGUAUAUUUAGUUUGGAUGUCAGCAAUUGCUAUAGCUGGACAAAACCACAAGAAACUUUUUAGCGGUGUAUUUAUUAUGAAUUUGUCUUUAAUAGAUUUUUGUGUGUUGUAACA